AUGUUUGCAAUAUUCUUAAAAAAUCAUUUCGUUAAAAUUAUUUUUCUUUGUUUGAAUAUUUAUGCGAUCAGCGAAUAUAGUGAUGAAUAUUCGAUAGAAAAUUCGGAAGGUGAAUACGAAAUACCAGAAUAUCUUUUAGAACAAUUGAAUGAUUGUUAUUCAGGUGAUACUUUUGCUUUUUCGAGCAUAUCAAAGAUGAUUUUGAACGAUCGAUUAGAAGAUGAUGUUUAUCAAUUUCAAUUUUCUUCGUCUAUGAAUGAUUUCCUUCGCAAACAGAUUCUAAUAGGUCAAUUGAACACUAUGAGUCAAAUCAGAAGUGCAAAGCUUUGUUUUUAUGGCGAAGAUGGUACGAAAGAAUACCAAUCCAGUCGACAUUCUCUUGGUCAUCAAUUUCAAAUCUCAGUCGAAGAAACAUUGACCUUUUCCUAUGCAACCUGUUGGUUACAAUUACAACCGAAUUCAGAUUUUCAUCCCGAUAGUCUUUUCUUCCACCUAUCAAAUCAUGAUGUUCACGUAUACAACGCAGACUUUCACAUUCGAUGGUUUAAUACUUCUCCCGAUACUUACGAACGCUCGAUUUUAAGUAUCAACGAUGAAAUUCCCGCCCCGACAAUAAUUGUCACACGCGGUGAUUUUAUUAACAUUACAAUCAUUAAUGAAUUAUCUGAGCCAACAGCAAUUCAUUGGCAUGGUCUAUCACAACGUCACAGUUUACAUAUGGAUGGUGUUCCAGGUGUAACGCAAUGUGAAAUUUUACCUGGUCAAUCAUUUAUUUACACAUUUUCUACGGAAGGUCAAUCAGGUACUUUUUGGUAUCAUUCUCAUUAUGCAAUGCAAUAUGGUGAUGGACUAAAAGGUGCUUUAAUUAUUAAAGAUCCAGACGAUCCAUGGAAAUCUUAUUAUCAAGAUGAAGAAGUUCUUCAAAUCACCGAUUGGUAUCAUGUUCCAGCUCAUAUUCUUUUACAAACGUAUUUAUAUCCCGGAACAUUAGAUCCCGUGCCUGAUACAAUUUUGAUAAAUGGUAUCGGACAAUAUGAUUGUGAUUCGAAUGGAGAAUGUCCGUAUUAUCGUACAUCGAUUUGUUCCGGUGAGACGAAACGAUUUCGAAUUAUUAACACAUCUGCAUAUGCGACAAUAACUUUGACGAUCGAUCAGCAUCGAAUGAGAUUAAUCGAAAGCGACGGAACUUAUCUAAACGGAAAGAAAUAUGUAGAAAGCCUUCGCUUAAGUCCCGGACAAAGAUAUUCAGUAUUGAUUACGACAAAGAAAACUUUCAAGAACAGUUUUUGGAUACGAGCAACAAUACAUCCAUUUGUAGAUUACAAUGAUCAAUAUACAUCUGUAAUUCAUCCGACUGUGCAAGCGAUUUUAGAAUACUUUGACGAAGAUGGAAAUAAGCUGACUUCGAUUUUUGAAGGAUCGAAUGAAUAUUUGUCGAUCAUUAAUCAAUCAAUUAGUUUUGGACAAACUUUUAGUGAUGAAGUGAAUUUGAUUCCGAUGAAGUCAAAUGUCCCGACGAACGGAAAUGUAAGAAGAUUCUUUUUAGAUUCGCAGCACAAAGGUAGUCAACCAGGAUUUUUUUACAUCAAUAAUCAUACAUUUGUUCAUCCGACAAGUCAAAUGAUGUUGGCAUCAAUUGUCUAUGAUAAGAUGAAUGACUUACAACUUUCUCAAUUCAUCCGUGUCGAAAAUGAUAACAUUGUCGAUCUGGUUAUUAAUAAUAUUGAUUUUGCACCACAUCCAUUUCAUCUUCACGGCCAUCAUGUUUGGAUAUUAGCUCAAGGAAAUCGAAAGGAGGGUUAUAUUAACGAAACGACAAUCGAUGAUGUCAAAUUGAAUUUGAAGAAUCCAAUUUAUCGAGAUACAUUUACGAUUAAUCCGUAUUCUUAUGCCAUUGUUCGUUUUAAAGCAAACAAUCCAGGCAUAUGGAUGUUACAUUGUCAUAAUGAUUGGCAUUUACAACUCGGAAUGGCUUCAGUCAUCAUUGAGUCACCCGAACUCGUCAAAGACUUUUAUUCGAAACAUAAUCUGAUUGAUUGUAUCCCUGAAUAUUGUAAACAUCAUUUGAUGUGA